AUGGAACGGAUUGUUAACAAGAUUCGUUUCUGGGACUCAAAGGCGCCCACCACACCUCUUCCCACUGCUGCUGCCAAGCCAGACCGCAGUAGUGUGGUCUGCAGCGACGAGACGAUCAACUACGCAAUGUACCACUUGUGUGCCUAUGACCCAAUUUUGGAGGUCCUUAUUUGUGUGGGGGACAAUGUGCCGGCUGUCGUGCUGGCGCGCGGCCGCCGGCGGGUGUCGCUGCCGCUCCGGAAAUGCGUUCACUGGUUGGAAUGCCACAUUUUUGCUGGAACUUCCAGUUUUUUGCUGCUUUCUUCGGAAUGCUUGCUCCUCGUUGAUUAUGGGCAGCGCAGUUCCUCGUCAGGUCUCUUCCCCCAGGGCAGAAAUGGGGCGUUGUUUGCAUGCCUUCACGUACCCCAAGGUGUGACAUGGGGUGCUGUUGGCUGCCGCAACGGCUCCGUCAUGUACUGGAAGCUGAAACAUAAGGAUGGAAGAACCGUUCUGUCGUGGGCUGCACUGACGACCGAUGUGCUAGGCUUUUGCCGCGCUUUUCUUCCCACACCAGCGCCGGCGUCGUGUGGGCACAUUUACACGAUUGACACCUACCCGACGAACCCUAACGCCCUUGUUGCGGUGAUUGCCGGUGUCCCUGGUGUCUGCAAGUGGUACUUGGACGAGAAUCGUUUGUCGAGUUUCUUUAGCGCGUCAGAUGCAGUGAAGAACUCCGGCAUUGCGGCCUGCAGAGUAACUCCGGGUGGUGCUUACAUCACCGCAAUAACCUUUGACGCAUCCACGGUGUUCAUAUGGUCAGAGAAUGGAAAGAAGAAAAAGGACAGGCGUGUGGAGCUUUUCUGGGCGGUGGAUAUCUUGUGUCACCUCCCCUCCUCCGUAGAGACAGCCAGUGAGGCAAAAGUAGAGGAGGGGGUGACGCCAUUGUGCGGCUUUCACAUCGCACGUGGUGCAGGAUCGUUAGUACAAGUGCAAUCAGACAAGAAAUGCCAUAUGUACUUUCUCCUGUACUCUGCGGAGGGGGUGGUGGAGCUGGUGGUGGACGUGGAGGGCAAGCAAAUUCUCCAGCGCGAGGACAUACUGGCCCAUGUGACAGCAAUGCGGUUGCAGCCAAAUACCGCAUUGGAUGCCAAGGAGGAAUUUGCAGUCCAACGUGUCAUUCCAUGUUCUCAGUUCAUGUACUGGCUAGGCGCAUGGACCGAAACAGACCUGGACACACUCAUUAUGACAAGCGAUGACUGCGGGCCGCUCUUGAUAGAACGAUGUCGGUCAAGGCGGAAUGUGGAGCGCGUCACGGAGCUGGGGGACCUUCCGCACGGAGCUGCGCCAUGGAGUGAAAUGCUCCUCGUGGCACCAUCUGUGGAAACGAUGGAUGUGCUGUGGGGUGCUCUGGACAAGACGCAAGGUGCGGCGGAUCCGUGGAGUGCUCUUCUGCGUGGCGCAACGUCAGGCGAUGCGUGUGAUGUGGCAAAAAGAGGUGACAUCGCUGCGUUCCUUGGGGUGUUGCCUGAUGGACCAAGCGAUGGUAUAUGCUUCCUACCCCUUUCAAAUGAGUGCGUUCCUGUUCCAUACGACGUGAUACGCCAGCAUGCCGCAUGCCUCUCCUGCACCCCUUCUGGGGGUGGCGGGCAGCUUGUCAUACUUGAAAGGGCAAUGCCAGGACUUCCUCAGCGCACCGAAUUGAUACUGCGCGCUGUGGCAGACGAGGUGUCGGUCUCUGUGUUCGCUGUGCAUCUUACACCACCGCGAGUGGAACGUCUCAUGGUGCUUUCGAAGGACUGCCUCAUGCCAGAUGCGGCUUCCACUGGAAGUGGGAUUGCUUUGGCACAACAGGCGGUUUUAGUCGAGUGCCGUGUUGUGAAAUCUAAUACUGCGCCGCUAUCGUUUGAAUUGCGCCGCAGUGGAUGGAGUAUCCUUCUCCAGUUGAGCGACAACUCGUUGGCCCUGGUAGACUUGAGCGAUGCCAAGGAUGGAGAGAAGGAGCCGCCCCAGAUGGUGCGUUAUCCCAGCGGGUUGUUUCCUGCCGGUACCAGUGUGACGUCAUUCGACACUGUUUGGACGAUGCUGGAAAGUUCACCUGACCACGCGAAUGGUGGAAGGGACGGAGUGGAGUGUUUGGCCCUAAUUUCCACCCUCUCUGACCGAAAGGGAGUGAUUGUGUGGGAUAUGUGCCGCAUGCGGCUUCUGUCGUAUUUUCCAUGCACCGAUUAUGGUGAAUGGCGCUACAAUAAAGUCAUUACGAGACCACAGGAAACAUGCUUUUCUACAACAUCGGAGUUUGGUGGCAUUACGGUCGCUAUUUCCCGCAUUUGCAGCAGUAACAAUGCAAUCGCUACUGAUCCGGUUGAAGGAAGCGAAGGGCGUGUCGUUUUGCGCGACAUUCUUGGCCGACUCCUCCUUCCCCUUUGCGUACGCCAUGGCUCGGAUGCAUCUGGUGGAUGGUGCCUGAGACGGAAUGAAGAAGAUGCGGUGUGGCACCCGCUCGCCCCAGCAGGUGCAUUCAGGAUUGUGUUUGGACUCAAGAUUGUGCGAGGCGAAGUGGUGGCAGUGACAACAGACGCAGAAUACACUCUUGGAGAAACUUUGGUACCCUCUGGUCGAAUUGCUGCGGUGGAGGAAGAGCAGCCUUGGCCAUAUAGCAUCCUUGUGUGGCAUUCGCGGGAAAAAGAGGAUGAAAUGGAACCCACAGUGCCGAGUCAUGGUGACGGUGGUAGUAUCACUCAAGGUGGACAAGAAACCGUGAUGUUGUACAACGAGAAGGAGAUUGGUUUCUUCUGUGCCUCGAAGUUGGCGACUAGUGGAAGUGAGAUGGGUCCUGCGACAGUUUGUCGCGUUGAGAAUGGUCGUUCUAUCGAGCAUGUAGUGUUUUGCGCGGUUUUCAAUGCGGCACUUGUUCUCGCCAAGGACGCUAAUAAAUGGUGGUGGGUUAAUCUGCUAGAUUUGAGCACCGCCGAGCCUUUGAUGGAGCCUCACGCAAUGACUCACUUUACCGACAACGAUGACUUGUGCAUCCGUCUUGUUCCUGUGGAAGAUUGCGGCCUGCACAUUUAUAUUAUAGGCCGGGGCGGCGCGCCCCUUGGACACCUUGUCCUUCUCCCCGCCGCCAGCGAUGAGACACCCCGCCCUCAUGUGUGCAGCCCGUUUUUGGACGCGCGUUAUGCACCGGCACCGCCGAGCUUUCGCUCGUACAGGCGAUUCUUGCCGCCGCCGCCCACGAUGAAGCAGGAGCAAGGUUUUUUGAAGCGUCUGAUGACGUUGCCGUGGGAGGAGGUUGUUCUUAAAAUUGAGGAUGAAGUUUUGCGGGAGGAGCAGGCGGAGUCUUUCGAUGAAUUUCGGCAGCGGUUGGUGACAGCGGCGCCCGGGGACUGCCACACGGCCCCGCCAGAGCGCCGAGAUGCGGAGGCGGAACGGAGGGAGUUGUUGCCAGGAAACCGGUACACCGAGCUGAAGGCCACGGCGGCGCGGGAGAAUGUGAGC